AUGGUCAUUAACCGCGCAGCUUUCAUCAAGAGCGCAUCCUCUAAGAUCCUCGAGGUCGAAGAUACCCCGUUUCCCACGCCUGAGCGGAAUGAGGUGGUCGUGAGAAAUCAUGCCGUUGCGUUGAACCCCAUCGACUGGAAGUUAUUGGCAUUCGACGACCUUCGGAAAAUGGUGAUUAAAACUUACCCAUUCGUCAAUGGUGGCGACGUAGCCGGUAUUGUGGAAGCGGUUGGGGACGAUGUCACACGGUUCCGUAAAGGGCAGCGCGUCUUCGGUCAUCCAAUUAGUUUGAGUACUGGUAAGUCUGCUCACGGAGGGUUCCAGAACUACACGGCUAUUCCGCAGCACUUAGUCUGGGAAGCUCCUGAUCACGUCAGCUUCAACCAGGCAACUGUGUUACUGCUGGCGAUUUCCACAGCCGCCAUUGGCCUGUACCGGAAGGAAGACCUCGGUCUGCCUCUUCCAUCUCUUAAUCCAGUCGCCACGGGCAAGACCUUGCUUGUUUGGGGUGGAGCAUCAUCUGUCGGUGGAACUGCGAUCCAGUUGGCUGUCGCAUCCGGUUUGCGUGUUGUGACGACGGCCUCGACAUCUAAUCAUGACGGUGUCAGGUUACUUGGUGCUUCCGACGUCUUUGAUUACCGUUCGGUGACCGUGGCUCGGGACGUGGCUGCGGCUCUGGCUGACGCAGAUGUGGUUGGCGUCUUUGACGCUGUGUCAGAGGAGGCGAGCUUCGGUCCGAUCAUUGAAAUCCUCCGCAAGAUUGGCAAGACUGACAUGCAUGUGGUCUCUGUUCUUCCACUGUUCGGGAACAUUCAAGAGAGACUUCCUGGAGUGAAGCAUACUUCGGGUCUUCUUUUCACGACAGAAGAGCACGUCUAUAAACAUAUGCAGGACUUCAUCCCCCGAGCCCUUGCUGGAGGUCAGCUUCUGCCUAAGCCGGACCCUCUUGUUGUCGGAAAUGGAUUGGACAAGAUUCAGAAGGGUUUGACAGAGCUCCAGGGCGGAGUGUCUGCGCGCAAGGUUGUCGUAGAACUCUAA